AUGGCUUCAUCCACUUCAUCUGCUGGAUCCUCGACAUCCACCAAAAAGUAUGUGUGUGAUGCAGAGGGAUGUGGCAAGUCGUAUUCGAAGCCUUCGUUGCUAGAACAGCACAAAAGGUCACAUACAGGAGAACGACCGUUUCCAUGUCCGGAAGAAGGAUGUUCCAAAAGUUUUUUAAGAAAGUCUCAUUUACUGGCACAUUUGGUUUCCCACAAAAGUACAAAACCUCAUCAUUGUUCUGUGUGUGGCAAAGGUGUCAAUUCUUUACAACAUCUCAAAAGACAUGAAAUAAUUCAUACCAAGUCAUUCAAAUGUACCGCACCAGGAUGUGAAGAAUCGUUUUAUAAGCACCAAUCUUUACGACAUCAUUUCCUCUCGGUGCACGAUAAGUCGCUCACAUGUAGUACGUGUGGGAAGGAAUUUACCAGGCCUUAUAAAUUGGCCCAGCACAAGAUAAAGUUUCAUGGUGAUUCUCCAGUCUAUCAAUGUGACCAUCAAGGAUGCUUCCACAAUUUCAAAACAUGGUCUGCUCUCCAGCUUCAUAUCAAGACCGAGCAUCCCAAACUCAAGUGUUCCGUGUGUGGUAAAGGAUGUGUUGGUAAGAAAGGUUUACGGGCCCAUAUGGCAGGAUGCCAUGAUAGUUCUACUGCUGUCAAGCUCUGGAAUUGUGACUACUGUGUGGUUGGGCUGUUUACCAAGAAGGCUGAACUUUUGGAGCAUUACAAAGAUUUUCAUGAUGGCAAUAUUCCUGAAGAGCUAAUGAAAGCGGAAGAAAAAGAAAAAUUGGAAAGCUUGCUUAAUGACUCUGAAGCUUGUGGUUUAGAGAACCUUCGCUCACUCGACCAAACCACCAACCAGGUAGACGGUACCAAAUCAAUCAACUCGUUCAAUUCAGAAAUUGAAUCAGGAACCUCAAUUACAGAUCUUUUGAUCAAUAACGUUGAUAUGAAGACACUCCUCUGUCCCAAGAAAAAGUGCACUAGAAGGUUUCGCCGCGAGCAUGAUUUACGAAGACAUCUCAAAUGGCACGAAGUUCGGUUGGCACAAAUCGAGUCGUUUUUGGCUUCGUUGGAAAGUGAACAGGCCACCAGUGAAGCUCUCACCGAGAAAGUUAUACAAGAUGACGAAAGUUUGGUACAUGGUUCUAAUUCCGACUUUGACGAUCAAGAAUUGGACGAUUUGAUUGACCUGGAAAUGGCGCUGCUUACGGGCAAAUAA